AUGUCCGAAUCUCCAGCCGAUACCAGCGGCGCCCCUCCUGAACCCCUCGACCUCGUGCGCCUUUGCCUGGACGAGAUCGUCUUCGUCAAGAUGCGCGGUGACCGCGAGCUUAAAGGCCGGCUGCACGCCUACGACCAGCAUUGCAACCUUGUUCUCGGCGAUGUCGAAGAAACAAUCUAUUUCCCCGAAGAAGCUGAAGAAGAGGACUCGGGAGAAACGGUGAAGAAGCAAUCUGAAAUGCUGUUCGUGCGAGGCGAUUCGGUUGUACUGAUUGCACCCGAGACUGGCUCCUGA